AUGCCAGCUGACCCCUUGUACGAACGCUGGACCAAACCGACGGACCGGAUGACGGAGAUCAUUACGAGACUGCGGGGGCUGAGGAUCGUGCGGCAGGAACCGGUGGAGUGCCUGUUCUCCUUCAUCUGCUCGUCGAACAACAAUAUUGCGCGAAUUCAGGGGAUGGUGGACAAGCUCAAGGCGGCUUACGGCGACUUGAUCUACGAAGGAGAAGACAAGCAGGAGCAGCAGUAUUUCUACGCGUUCCCAUCGGUGGACACGCUGGCUGCCAAGUGUGAAGAGGCCACAUUGCGAGCUCUGGGCUUUGGCUACCGAGCGGCCUUUAUCGUGAAGACUGCCAAGCAGCUC